AACGGGGCGUCGUGACGCUUCCGGUGUAAACAAACGCAGACGUUUAAAUCCUCAGCUGUCAACGAGACGCCUCCGCCGGACGCUGAGAGAUGCAGAAUGUCUGCAAAAGGAGCAAGAGCGCCACCUUCAGCCCAAAGCGAGGAGCCACCUUAAUGAUCCCUGGUGGCCAGGAUCCACUUCAGCAGAGCUUCACAGAGACCCUCCCUACUGAGAUGAGCGUGAGGAUCUUCAGUGAGCUGGACGUCAGGAGUUUGUGCCGGGCCUCGCUCACCUGCAGACACUGGAAUGACAUAAUCGAGGGCCGCGAUCAGCUGUGGAGGAGCCACUGUCUUUCGGUGCUGGCUAUUUGCCGGAGGGAGGUGGACGGGGACAGGCUUGCUGGGUGUUCAUGGAAGGUUACUCUUGUUCGUAACUACAGGAAAGGCUGCGUAAAGCGGAGGUGGCUGAAGGGCCGAUACAGUAACAUCCGCUCUGCUGACGAUAUCCCAUCCAACAGCAUGUGUCCACUGGACGUGGAGACCUGGGGAGAGAUACUGGAGGCGGAACUGGAUAGAUAGAGCAAACAGAGACUUUUGGGAUCCUGCCAAUGGACUGAAAUACAUCAGCUGUGUCUACAAUGGAAGCAUUAUGACUGAAACACUUGCUGGGCAAAUAAUUCUAUGGAAUAUUUUGUAAUCGGUAUUGGGAAAAAAGCACAAAGGCUAAAAAAAGACAUGAUAAUGUGGCUUUUGUUACCGAACAUGUUAGUUGUAUUACUGAAAUUUGCUUGAGACUGUAAUGAGGUUUUAUAGGUUUCAUAUGAUGGAAGCGUUUUGCAGAUGGAACCGAGAGAGAGAGAUCUUGUCUCUUUUUUUUUUUUAGAUCAACAAAG